AUGACCACGCCGCCCACCGUCGCCAUGAGGGCAUUGUUCCUCGUCACACCGUCGCUGAGGUUGAGGACGCCGCCAACACCACCGAGCACCCUUGUUCCUCGUGGCCAGAGCUUCAGCAACUCCCGCUUCACUUAUUACGACGUAGGCCUCGGCGCUUGCGGCAAGUACAAUGUUCCCUCGGACUACAUUGUCGCCCUCAACAGUGGGAGCUUCGGUGGUGGUUACCCCGGUCCCAACUGCUUCCGUCCCAUUACGAUUAGCUACAACGGCAAGCAAGUCUCUGCCACUGUCAUGGACGAGUGUCCUGGCUGCCCUUCGCCCGGUGGUCUUGACUUGUCCCAGGGUCUUUUCGAGGCCCUGGACUCUCUCGACAAGGGUGUCAUCUACGCAACGUGGUGGUACGCCGAUGAGGGUGGCAACAGCGACCCGACGACCACGUCCCAACACACCACCAAGCACUCCACCACGACCUCCUGGACGCCCACGACCUCCUGGACUCCCGAAACCACCUGGACUCCCGAGACGACGUCGACGACGAAGAAGCACUCGACCUCCUCGACCUCUUCCUCGACCUCUUCCUCGACCUCUUCGUCCGAGCCCUCGAGCACCAGCACCACCCCGAGCUCGACCUCCACGCACUCCACGUCCACCUCGACCUCAAGCACUGCGUCUGCGACGCCUACCACCGCCCAGAUGGUGAAGAAGCUCAACCAGGCCUUCCUCGGCCUCGCCGACCUCAUGGUUGGCGGCGCCGCGGCCUAA